AUGGACGCAAAUAUGGUGCACGUUAUCUCGUCGCUUCCGCCUGUGAUGUUAAACAGGAUUACAGUCAGUGAGAUUACUGGGACUAUCUCAAUAGCAUGCUGGAUAGUGGUGUUUGUUCCACAGAUCUAUAAGAUCUUUAAAAGGAAAUCUGCGAACGGGUUGUCCGUGGAGUUUUUGGUUUUGUGGCUCAUAGGGGAUGUGUUUAACAUCGCUGGGGCCAUGUUACAGGGACUACUGUUCACGGUGAUCCUCUUAGCAGCUUACUACACUUUGGCGGACGUUGUUCUGCUGGUACAGUGUUUCUGGUACUCAAAACGGCGUAACCCACCGUCCAUACUUAGCAGACGGAACUCGGAGAUUCUUUUUGAAGAACUGGAACCGUUGAUACCUUCGGACUUCAGGGAGCGAAAACGGAAAAGAAGCGAGUUUUAUUCGAACACUUUCUGCGUUUUGGUCGUGAUAUUCUCAGGGUUUCUUUCUUGGUACGCGUCAUACUGUUCCCACUACGGGAAAAUGAGGGCAGGACCACACGAGGCACCUCCUAUGGAGAUAAAUGGGAUGGCUCAAGUGUUUGGGUACUUGAGUGCCAUCCUGUAUUUGAGUUCGAGGGUCCCACAGAUAUUGCUCAAUUACAGGCGGAAGUCAUGCCAGGGGGUGUCCUUCCUGUUCUUCGUCUUUGCAUGUUUGGGGAACACUUUAUUCAUCCUUUCCGUGCUUAUCGUAUCCCUCGACUACAAUUACUUGAAGAUCAAUUUUUCAUGGCUUUUGGGGAGUGCCGGUACCCUUCUCCUGGAUGUCACUAUCUUUCUACAGUUUUUCAUCUACAGCAAUUCAGAACACUCCGACAGAGUGAAAAAUACCGUAUAA